CCCUCAGUUUCCCACAGACCUAGUGUCCUAGUGAAACAGUCUGGGCAGCGAGGUGGCAAGAAGGUCCCAAACCCCUCUCCAUACCUCGCACCUGGAGCCGCCUGGUGUUUCGGAAGGACCUGGCCUGUGACCCUUGAAGGACUGGUCUCGCCCCUACCAUGGGUAAUGCUCAGGAGCGCCCGUCAGAGACGAUCGACCGCGAGCGAAAACGCCUGGUAGAAACGCUGCAGGUGGACUCCGGGCUGCUGCUGGACGCGCUGCUGGCGCGUGGUGUGCUCACCGGGCCCGAGUACGAGGCAUUGGACGAACUGCCUGAUGCUGAGCGCAGGGUUCGCCGCCUGCUGCUGCUGGUGCAGAGCAAGGGUGAGGCGGCCUGCCAGGAGCUGCUGCUCUGCGCCCAGCGUGCCACACGAGUACCGGACCCCACCUGGGACUGGCAGCACGUGAGCACUGGCUACCGGGAACGCAGCUACGACCCUCCAUGUCCAGGCCACUGGAAGCCUGAGGCACUCGGCUCUGGGACUGCAUGUCCCCAGAUGCCCAGAGCUUCGGACCACGACGAUGCUAGGAGUCCUGAGGGCUCCGAGGCAGGGCAAUCCGGAACUCUCGAGGAGCCCGAGCCAGAGCUGGAAACUGAGGCCUCUGAAGAGAUUGACACGGAGUUGGAACCCCAGAUGGAUCCAGAACCAGAGCCUGAACUUGAACAGGAGCCCGACCCAGAGCCAGAGCCCGACUGCGAGGCUGGGGACGAAUCUGAAGAUUCCUGAAUGCCAGAGCACUGACGGGCUGCUCUCCACCCAAGCUGGAUAGGACCUGGGAUCCCGUCCAGGCCAGUUGCAAACCACUAAGGCUCGAUCUGGCCCAGUAUCACUGCAAGUGAAUAAACUUGGGAGGGUUGGCUUGGG